GCUGCAACGGUAGCUAGCGCUGUGUGCUGCAGAAACGUCUGCUUUUUAAAGUUAAUGGGGAGGGUGUCGGUUCACAACGACAUUAUACGGGGAAGGAAACUGUAUGGUGCUUCCAACAAUUUAGUCCAGGAGCUCCGGUUGGAUGAUGCACGGUUUCAUACUAUUCCUUGUGCUCCGAAACUAGUGUCUACCAGCUAUCUUCUCCUUUUUUCUUGUUGUUUUUAGGAAACGACUCGUCACUCGCUUGUCAUUGGUCAGCUGUCAAAAAGGCUUUUUUGAAAACACGGUUUACUCCAUAGGAUUAUAAUGUAAAACAGACGCUGGCAGCUUCAAAAAAAAGACGCCAAGUGUGAACACGGCCUAAGGAACCUUUAUUUUGAAUUUGUCUCUUACUUGUGAUUCGUGACCCGGAUGUUGUAUGAAACAAUGGCACGCUGAUGUUGCCUGCUUCACUCGGGCUGUGUUGUCGUGUAUUGCCCCUGACUGUGACUGUUCUCUCAGCAGCAGUGAAACGCGACACUCGUUUGAAGUGAAUUAUUAAUGGCAAACAGACGAUUGGGGAAAUAACCGUCAAUAUGGGGGAUGAUGGUAUAGACUACAACAUAGUAUUUCCAGAGGCACUGUCCUCAGAGAAACACUGGCGCGGAUCAAAGGAGCCAGUCGUUAUUCUGCUAGGCUGGGCGGGCAGCAGAGACAAACAUCUCGCCAAAUACAGUUCUAUUUAUAAUGAACAGGGAUGCGUGACUCUACGCUACACAGCUCCUUUGAAGACAGUUUUUAUUUCAGAACCACUGGGCUACAAGGAACUAAGAAGCACUGCGCAAAAAUUACUUGAACUUCUGUUUGACUAUGAGGUGGAGAACAACCCAAUUUUCUUCCAUGUGUUCAGCAAUGGGGGCUUCAUGCUUUACCGCUACAUCGUUGAGUUAUUGCACAGUCACAAUCAGUUCAGCACUCUUUGUGUGGUGGGCACAGUUGUGGACAGUGCCCCGGGCAGUCAAAACGUUAUAGGGGCGCUCAGAGCACUCAAAGCCACCUUGGGGCCCAAAGUCAAUGUGCUACUGCAGUACUUCCUCCUGGCACUGUUUGCUGUGGCCGUUUUCCUUCUCAGGAUGGUUUUGUAUCCUGUGACCAAGUACUUUCACAAGAACCACUACGAUGCGAUGAUGGAUCACCCGGCACCUUGGCCUCAGAUGUACCUCUAUUCUAGAGCAGACCUGGUGAUCAGGUACAGGGAUGUGGAGAAGAUGGUUAAAGUGUUGCGUGAGAAAGGUCUGACAGUUGAAAGUUUCGAUUUCAUCUCCCCAGCCCAUGUGAGUCUAUACAGAGACUGUCCAGAGGACUAUUCCAGCAGGUGCAGGACGUUUCUGACCCAGUGCAUGAGUUCUUCAGAGGAGACCAUGACGAAAAAACGCCUUCAAGUGCAACACUGAUUAUACAAUUCUUGACCAGCUUGUUAAUAUACACACUGUAAAUUUAUAUGUGCACCAACCAUCCUAUUUGUGGAAUAAAAGCACUGCUGUAAACUGUUCUUAAACCCAACAUGAUUUUAACAGGAUUAAAUUUGUAUACUAACCUUUAUUGUAUUGGUCUUAUGCUGUGAAUUACUCUGUAAUUUAGGGGGUUAAUGAUUUGUUACAUUAUUGAGAUUUUUAGAUAUUGUGAAAUGAGUAUGUUUGUGCAUUUAGACAUUGUGACUGAAUAAAUUAAUGUAUUUGACUAACGUGCCUUCCUUAAAUAAAAGCUUCUGUCGACUAAGCUUCAA